CUCACAGGUUAUCGAUCACGUGAAGCGAAUGCUCGCGAAUCCAAUAAGCAUGCGCAAAUGAAGUUCCGGACAAGCGGAAGUAAGGCGGAAGUAGUACUUCUCAAAAACGGAACCAAAUGGAUGUCUGAAUUUUUAGAACUGCGACAAUGCCGCUAUUGACGGAGUUGCAGGGCAACGAUGAACAAUAUGUGUUGUUGGCCUGCUUGGACAAUGCACGCAAUCUGUCCAACAUCCUGAAAGCCAUUGCAUUCAAAGACCAUGCCCUCUUCACUGCCACAUCCAACGGUCUCAAAGUCACAGUAGAGGACUCAAAAUGUCUUCAAGCAAAUGCCUUCAUCCAGGCUGAAAUCUUCCAGGAGUUUACUAUCAAGGAAGAUAUGGUAUCAUUGCAGAUCAACCUCACAGUUCUGCUGGAUUGUCUCAGUAUUUUUGGAGGAAACACAGUACCAGGCGUGUCAACUGCCCUCCGACUAUGCUACAGAGGCUACGGUUACCCCCUGACCCUGUUCCUGGAGGAGGGUGGCGUGGUGACUAUUUGCAAGAUCAACACGCAAGAGCCAGAGGAGCCAAUUGACUUUGAGUUCUGCAGCAGCAACGUCACAAAUAAGGUGAUCCUGAUGUCUGAGGGUCUGAGAGAGGCUUUUUCUGAACUGGACAUGACCAGUGAAGUGCUGCAGAUCACCAUGUCCCCCAGCCAGCCUUACUUUCGACUCUCGACGUUCGGCAAUGCUGGAAGCGCUUUUUAUGACUACUCCAAAGAUUCUGACAUGAUGGAGCUGUUCCAAUGCACUACCACGCAAAAUAACAGGUACAAGAUGGCCCUGCUCAAGCCGUCCACCAAAGCACUGGCAUUGUCCUGCAAAGUGUCUGUGAGGACCGACAGCAGGGGUGUCCUGUCGCUGCAGUACCUGGUGCGCAAUGACGAUGGACAGAUCUGCUUUGUGGAAUACUACUGCUGUCCUGAUGAGGAAGUGGAUGAUGACUGAUUUAUUUAAACAAGAUGUUUGGACAAGUACAUUUUGGACGAAAUUUGUUUCAAGCUAAUUGAAGUUGUUAUUCAUUCUAGCGAUUUAAUUUUCUGCAUUAUUCUUUCUGUAUAUAUUUGUAUAUACUGUACCUAGAUGUAUUAUAACAGGCCAUUGUAUUUCCAAGGAUUUUGAUAAAAAUCUGUACACACAAAAAUAAAAAACCUCACAAACGUGG